CCGGUUGUCAAAAUAUUCCAAAGUUUUUGAACUUGUUCUUCUGAUAACUUUUGAACUUUGUUACCAGAUUACGUUUGCAAAGAUUUGCAUUAUGAUACGAUAUAUGAGCAGUGGGAUAUUGGUUUACCAGUUAUCAAAACAGCAAAUCUACAGAACUUUGUCAUCUUUGACCUCCAACACAUCAUCAAAAGCGCAAAGUGAAGUAAAAAUGCAAGAACCAAAACUAAAAAAUCAAGAAAAAAUGCCCUUUUCUGGACAGCAAAUUGGAGAAUUCUUUCAAGCUCAGCCCAACCUAGGAAACCAAUUUGCAGAGGAUACUUUCUUGCAAGAUACGCUUAAGAGACUCAUGCCAAAUAAGGUGUAUGAAGCAGUGAAUCCAGACUUGACCAAAUUUGGUCAUAGGGUUGCAACAGAUAUCAUGAAACUAGGAGAACAGUGUGAAAAGGAGCAGCCAAGGCUGAUACAAUAUGAUGCUUGGGGUAAACGUGUCGACAAAAUUGUGACGUGUCAAGCCUGGAGAGAUCUACAUGACGUCUCUGCAACAGAAGGUCUUAUUGCCAUUCCAUACGAAAGACAAUAUGCUCAGUGGAGUCGACUCUACCAAAUGGCCAAGCUGUAUUUAUUCAACCCCUCAGGAGGUCUUUACCCAUGUCCCCUCGCUAUGACAGAUGGCGCUGCAAGAUCAAUUGAGGCACUAGAUUUGAAAGGUAAUCUGGGUGAGGCAUUCAGUCACUUAACAUCUAGGGACCCCAAGAGGUUCUGGACCUCAGGGCAGUGGAUGACUGAGAGGAAAGGUGGCUCUGAUGUUGGUGAAGGUACAGAAACUCUUGCUGUAGCACAGGAUGAUGGCACUUAUCGUCUCUAUGGUUACAAGUGGUUUACAUCGGCAACAGACAGUGAUAUGGCCUUGACCCUUGCCCGUAUAGUAGAUGACGAUGGUCAACCCACUCCAGGCAGCAAAGGGUUAAGUAUGUUUUACCUGGAGUUACGAGACAAAGAUGGCAACCUUCAGAACAUUUCCAUCCAGAGGCUAAAGGAUAAGUUAGGAACAAGGCAGCUCCCUACAGCUGAACUGUUGCUUACUGGGAUACCUGCAAUAAAGGUGAGUGAUGAGGGCAGGGGAGUGGCUACAAUAUCCCAUAUGCUAACAAUCACAAGGAUUUACAACUCUAUUAGUGCAGUUGCUGGAAUGAGAAGGAUUGUGGCACUUGCGCGAGACUUCAGCACGAAGCGACGGGCAUUUGGUAAACUGAUAUGUGAUCACUCUCUCCAUAUGCAGACAUUAUCAAGAAUGGAGGUGGAGACCAGGGCAGCAUUGGGAUUGGUGUUUGAGAUGGUACGGUUGCUGGGGCUAGAGGAGACUGGCAUAGCAACAGAGCAGCAACGGCUUCUGCUUAGAUUCCUCACACCAAUGGCAAAACUGUACACAGCCAAACAGGGUGUAGCUGUAGCUAGUGAGGGUCUAGAAUGUUUUGGAGGUCAAGGUUACAUGGAAGACACAGGGAUUCCAGCUUUAUUAAGAGAUGCACAGGUGCUACCAAUAUGGGAAGGUACAACUAAUAUCCUCUCAAUGGACAUUCUAAGGGCCCUCAUGAAGAGUAGUGGGGAAUCACUUGAGGUCUAUGCAAAUGAGAUCCAAACAAAGCUCCAAUCAGGAGCCAGCGUGCAAUCACUCUCUGGGCCAAGCUCGAGGGUUUCUUGUGCUCUAUCGUCAUUGGGGACAUUUAUAAUGGGCAGUCAGGAUAAGCUGGAGAUGGCCGCGAGAGAUCUUGCGUACAGUCUUGCGAGAACUUAUAUGGGUGCCUGUCUGAUAGAACAUGCAGCAUGGUCUAACUGUGAGGAGGAUAUAACCGUGGCAACUAGGUGGUGUAAUCAGGAACUAGAUCUUGUAACAGUAGGAAACAACAAUGGUUGCUAUAGUAACAACAGCAGUGCAUUGGAUAGGUCGAUUGUUAUGGCCGGAUAUACACAAAAUAAACUAUAAAUGGUCAGUUAUAUUCACACAGAAUAUAAAAUGGCUGAAUAUACCAUUGGGAAGCUUAUAAUAAGGACUGUAUCCCAAAAAUUUAUUAAAUUGUGAUAUACCAUUUGAAAGCUGUAAUGACUUGAUAAUGCAUCAAAAACAAUACUGGUUGCCAUAAUGAUGUGGAUGACAGUGCGAAGAGCAGGGGUCCAUUUCAUUUAAUUGACUUGAGUUUUUUUUUUGAGUUGAGGACCGCACUUUCCCUGGUCAUUUGGCCCAACCUGUUGUUUUAUGUCUCUUCUGGAUCACAUUUAGGAAC